AUGUCUUCUUCCUCCGCGCAGGAUCUCUUGCCACAAAUUGACCUGGGGAACACGUUUGGGGCACUUUUUAUUGGGGUCACCCUGUCAGCAGUUCUCUUUGGUCUAACCAACGUUCAAAUCUCCAUUUACUUCCAGACACAUAGAGUCACGGGGAUGACUAUUUUUAAGCUGAUUGUUAUCUGGCUCUGGAUACUUGAUGCUCUACACCUGGCAUUGAUUGUACAUUGCGUCUAUUAUUAUUUAGUGAUCCACUACGCGGACUUCAAUGUGCUCACAGAAAUCGUGUGGAGUUUGAAAUUUCAGUUAAUACUCGAUGUUCUCAUCGUUUGUACGGUACAUUUUUCGUAUGUCUAUCGCAUAUGGAUAGUCAGCAAGGGCCGGUCAAGAGUUCUCCCGGCUGUAACAAUGUGCAUAGUCUUAGUCCUAUCAGAAGACUUCAGUGUUGCUACCUUUGUUAUUUACCCAUCACUCCAUGCAACGACAGCUGUCGUUUUGGCGCAAUAUCGGGUCGAUGUGUUCCAGGACGUGGUUAAAACCGAGUGGGCGACAUACCUGACUUUAGGCUCGAUCACUUUUGAUGAUAUCCUUAUUGCGUCAUCGUUAUGCUAUCUCCUCGCUACUUCCCGUACUGGAUUCUCUAGCACCGAUUCUUUUGUAACAAAGCUCGUGGUUUAUAUCAUUAGUACAGGCUGUCUGACGAGGUAUCCCUCUCUCCAACACACCCCAUACUUUGACUAA